AAAAGGGGGAGGAAAUGAUAAUGCAACCGCCAGUAGGUGGCGGAAGGGAACAAGCAUCCGGGGGCCGGGGCGUCCCAGGAGCUGCGGGAGAGCGGCGGCAGGGGGAGAGGAGAGCUAGAGGAGGAGGAUGGAGAGGCACAGCGUCGCUGCCUCGGCUCCUGACAACAAAAUGGCGGCGGAUCUAAGCAGGCGGGGGCGGCGUGUGCCUGCGGGGACGGUGAACGAGAUUCCGACGGCGGAAUGCGUCGAGAGCCGGCUCAUUUUAACAAGCGGAGCCGGAUUUACCCGGGCACCGAGGUUAUUUUCGCCUAAAAGCUUUGGUUCUCGUGUAAAACCGUCGAGUUGCAUUGCGUGGACCCUGAAGGUGACCUGACGAGAACGGACCGAUGUCGGUUUACGAUUUGAAGCCAUUCCGCCACCCCCUCGCCGUGGAGCUGUGAAAUGGGACCCGCUACACGGUGGAAACCGCUUUUACGUGACACAUUCGGCGAGGGAAGUGAACGACAAAAUGGCGGCUUCUCCAUUGUCUCGCGAAGAACACUAGAGCUGCGCAACAAGAUGGCGCCGUCUCCUUCAAGCUGGAGAAGGAGAAAACAACGGCCACGUCGCGUGAUGCGGGAAGACCGCCCCGUCUGAGCUCUGCUGCCUAGUAACAGCCAAUGGCGCCGAGCGGGGCCGCCGAGUUCUGCCUAGCUCCAGCCAAUGAGGGAGGAGGUUUUCUUGGAUGACGUGGAAGCCGCGCUGAGUCACUAGUCCUGGAGUCCUACGAUGGAAAGGGCGCGUCCUCGUUCGCUGCUGCAGUAGCAGUGCUCAUGGCAACCACCAGGGGCAGUCGAACAACGUGUAACCCGACAACCAAUGGGAAGCUGCUUCGAUGGGAGUGGGCGGAUGACCUUGUGAUAGAUGGGCGCGUCGGCCAAUGGAAGCGAUGGAGCUCUACAAGGGGCUGGCCCUCUUCAACCAAUAGGAAACAGCCGCCGUAUUUAUAUAAGACCGGCCUCGGCAUUCGAGGCGCCAUUUCGCUGAAGCGGAGAGCCGGAGCUGGAAGGGGGGAAACAAAAAAAAGCCAGAAGUGGUGUGAGCCAAAGAGAACGCUACGCCCUCGGUCGGAGAGCGGGCGGCUUCACAAUCCGUAUCCAUCCGCAUGGAGGCAACCCUCAACCCUGCGUUUAAAAGGCCACCUCUGGAUUUAAACCAUGCUAUAAUGGGUCAGUCUGUGGAGGGAACACCAGGAAAACGUAUCCGCAAGCCCUCCCUCCUGUAUGAGGACUUUGAGGGACCUAACAACAUGACGUCGGGUGUCUUUGGUCACGGCCCACAAGUCAGUCCACCACCUCCAGAAGUCAGCAAUCCGAAGAAGCCCGGGCGCUCCACCAAUCAGCUGCAGUACCUGCAUAAGGUGGUGAUGAAGUCUCUGUGGAAGCACCAGUUUUCUUGGCCUUUCCGCCAGCCCGUGGAUGCUGUGAAGCUCUGCUUGCCGGAUUAUCACAAAAUUAUCAAGCAGCCUAUGGAUAUGGGCACCAUCAAGAGGAGGCUGGAGAACAACUACUACUGGAGUGCUUUGGAGUGUAUGCAGGACUUCAAUACUAUGUUCACAAACUGCUACAUUUAUAACAAGCCCACAGAUGAUAUUGUGCUCAUGGCCCAAAGCCUGGAGAAGAUGUUCCUGCAGAAAGUGGCGCAGAUGCCCCAGGAAGAGCAGGAGAUCCCAAAUACCGCUACUAAGAGCAAACAUGUGAAAUCGCCAAAUGCCAAGUCACCAGGUGGAAUCACAUCUGCACACCAAGUGCCAGCUGUCUCCUCCAUGUCUCAGUCUACACUAUACCCAAGUUCUCCUGAAGUGCCCACGACAGUCAUUACUUUACCACAUCCUGCAGUCCUGUCUAGCCCCAUGCUGAAAUCCAUGGCCUCUGCUCAGACGUUGCUGCCAGUUCCAGCAGCCACACAGGCACUUUCUAAGAAGAAAGGGGUGAAAAGGAAAGCAGACACUACAACUCCAACCACCCCUGCUAUUAUUGCCACCAGUGGAGAUUCCUCCCCUCUAACUCCAUCAGAAAACAAGCCUGCUAAGAUCCCUGCCCGUAGGGAAAGUGGCCGGCCGAUCAAGCCGCCUCGAAAAGACCUGCCGGACUCUCAGCAGCAUCAAACGUCUAAAAAAGGCAAGCUUUCCGAGCAACUCAAAUACUGCAACGGCAUACUUAAAGAAGUUCUCUCCAAGAAACAUGCUGCCUAUGCCUGGCCUUUUUACAAACCCGUGGAUGCCUCUGCUCUGGGACUGCAUGAUUAUCAUGAUAUCAUUAAAUAUCCCAUGGAUCUCAGCACCAUUAAGAAAAAAAUGGAAAAUAGGGAAUUCCACGAUGCGCAAGAGUUCGCAGCAGACAUCAGGCUUAUGUUCUCAAACUGCUACAAGUAUAAUCCUCCAGAUCAUGACGUCGUUGCCAUGGCAAGGAAAUUGCAGGAUGUGUUUGAAUUCCGUUACGCUAAAAUGCCAGAUGAGCCAAUGGUAGUUACUCCUCUGAGCACAUCCACACAGCAGCCUCCCUCUGACUCCAAGUCUUCGUCUGAAUCUUCCAGCGAGAGUAGCAGCGACAGCUCUGAUGAGAGCGAGAGCUCGGAUGACUCUGAGGAAGAGAGAGCGAACAGACUCGCAGAACUUCAGGAGCAGCUUCGUGCGGUACAUGAGCAGCUCGCUGCUCUAUCACAAGGUCCAAUUUCGAAGCCAAAGAAGAAGAAAGAAAGGAAGGAAAAAAAGAAAAAGAAGAAAUCUGAAAAGAAGAAAGUUAAAGAGGACGAUGAAUGGCGGUGUGGUAAAGCACGCCCAUCACAGAAUAAAAAGUCCUCCAAGAAAUCCUCAUCUGGAGGGAACGCUAGCACAAGCAGCUCAGCUCCUGCGCUUUCAAAGAGUUCUAAGAAAUUUUUAAAAUCACUGCCUCCACCUCCACCAGUCAUGUAUGACUCUGAAGAAGAGGAGGAAACCAAACCCAUGACUUAUGAUGAGAAGCGGCAGUUGAGUUUAGACAUCAACAAGCUACCUGGCGAGAAGCUGGGUCGCGUCGUACACAUUAUUCAGUCCCGGGAACCUUCACUACGAGAUUCCAACCCCGAGGAGAUUGAAAUUGACUUUGAGACUCUAAAACCUUCCACUCUUAGGGAGCUUGAAAGAUACGUGAUGUCUUGUCUAAGAAAGAAGCCACGAAAGCUCUUUGCUCCUAACUCUGUGCUCUCUGCACUGAAAAAGCCGAUGGGGAAGACAAAAGAAGAGAUUGCUAUGGAGAAGAAAAGGGAGCUGGAGAAAAGACUACAGGAUGUCAGUGGGCAGCUAAAUUCAGCCAAAAAGCCACCCAAAAAACCGCAUGAAAAGGUGGAAUCUGCGCAGCCGAUCUCCGCUUCCCGUCUCAGUGCUUCCAGCUCUAGCUCAGACUCUGACAGUAGCAGCAGUUCCACGUCCAGCUCCUCAGAUACAAGUGACUCUGAUUCUGGUUGAAGGGUGGGUUAUGUGACGUCGAUUUCACCUUUCACUGGAACAGGGCAGGAAGGCUGGGGGUUAUGCUUUGUAUAUGGUUCUUAAAGGAUCUGCAGGAACAGAACCCUUGUGAACCAGACUUGACGCCCUUUAAAGCAGGGGGAUAAGCAAACUGAGGCCUUUGGAUGUUUGAACUCCCUGCCUUUCUCUCUCACUGUAAGUGGGCCACAUAAACGCAGCUGGGGAAGUUCCUGGAGCAUGAGGCAUCACCCUUCAUGUUGGACUCCCAAUGUUGACAUAAGCGUUAUUGAGAGUGGGUGGGCGAGUGAUGGCAUUGAUGCAGUGUCCUUUCAUUAUUCUGUUUACAAGUUCUCAUGGAACGCACAGAUACCCGGAGGAAGUGGAGUCUUUGGUUGGUCUCGUGUUGGCACUGGGACAAUUUGAAGAGCGCCUCUGGUAGUUUUUUACAGUGUACAGUUGACUCAUCUUGUAUUCUCCUGGGUUUUUUUUUCUUCUCUCCUCCUAUUUGGUGUGUAACAGGAAGGUUACUUUGCUGAAGUAUUCACUCCAUGGCAGGAGAAUUACUGAUAGAGGAAUUUUAGCACAGCAAAGAGAUCUGUUCAAGGGUCCUGAAGACUUGCCUUCAAAAUGUCUUAAAGUUUAAGACGCUUGGAUGAGAUUUUAUACCUAAUGUUAUCGAACACACUUAACGUAAUCCCUUCAGCUCUCUAAUGCACGCAGUGUAUUAGAAGACAAGUUCUAUCUCUGGACACUGCCUACUUGUAUCCAAACCCAUCUACAGAAGUGUUGUAUAGCCUUUCAUGUUUUUUUUUUUGUUUUUUUUGUAUUUAUUUUGAGAGAAGGAAAUAACUUUUUUUUGUUUUAUAAUGUAAAAUAAUUACAGAAGGCUCCUGUUGAUACAGGGGCCAGUGUAGAUGUAAGAUUUUAUAAGCCCUGUAUAUAUCUAUAAAUAUAUAUAUAUUAUAUAUAUUACAAGUUGCACAAGUGGCAUGUUUCUCAAUAUAAAGGGUGACUUUAUUUUUUACCUGGAAGCAAAUGUUUUUAUUUUCUUUCUAUUGACCGUUUUGUUUGUCGCUACGUAUGAUGUCUUUACUAUUUGUCUCUUGUAUCUGUUCAAGCCCUUUAGUUUGGAAACAUGUAAAUAAAGAAAAAAAUAUACUUCCAAA